CCAAUAACCUGUCCCCUCCACGCUGUCAUCCCUCCUCCGAUUCCCUCCCACCGGCUACCUCCUCUUCCGGUUGCCCCUUCAGCAACUGCAAUUCAUUAAAUCCACAGCCAACAAGAAAGAUAAAGAAAGUUGCUGGUGUUCUUCUUACACUCCUUCCCUCUUUUCCUCUGUGUUUGGUUCCCAUAAUUACACUCAUAAUUAGACGCCAUGAGAAUCAGAAAGCGGCAGCUCCCACUCCCAUUAGCCUUCUCCUCUGGCCCUCGCCCUGUCUCGGAUCCCCUCCACGCCCACGCCCACGCUCCUCCAAUGGAGAAGGAACAACAAGAACACAUUGAGGAUAAUACCAGGGAGAGGUGCGAGUUUGAUGCGGAAACUAGCAAUGGGGUUCUUCCACAAUCCACCUCUUCACCUCAAGUGGUGGGGCGGUGGGGCGAAAGGGAGAGGGAAUUUCCAUUAAAGAAGAGAAGAAGUGAUGAUCACAACAACAAUGGAAACAAGAAGAUGAAGAAGAAACAAGAAGAACAUCAAUCCAAAAUGGGUCUCAACCUCGCCGGAAAAAGGAAAUCGAGAGGCGGCGCUUUAAUGGAGGGAUCUCGGUGCAGCCGCGUCAAUGGAAGAGGGUGGCGCUGCUGCCAACAGACCCUCGUUGGUUACUCUCUCUGUGAACAUCACUUGGGAAAAGGUCGCCUCCGCAGCAUGAACAGCGUCCGCAGCCGAUCCUCGCCCGCCACCGUCGUCGAGAAAGAAGAUAACAAGAAGCCUUCUCCAUCACCAUCUCCACGCCCACCAUUGACACUGACUAGUAAGAAGAGAACGAAGCUCGGUGUAGUGAAAGCAAGGUCGAUAAGCAGCUUGCUCGGCCAACCCGACGGCGUGAUGGCGGUGGCACCACCUCCGCCUCUACCUCCUACACCGCCGGAUGACAACAUUGACGGUAAGAAAUUAUAAUUUACUAUUUAAUCCAUCCUUAAUAUUUUAGG